GUUCCGGUUGCAUCAGCGUGGGGUGCACGGCGAAAUGAGGUUGUUCGUGAGUCCGGGCUCGCCUGGAAGCCUGCCGGUGCUGGCAGCGGCCGGGAAGGCCCGGGGCCGAGCAGAGCUGCUCAUCAGCACCGUAGGCCCCGAAGAGUGUGUGGUCCCGUUCCUGGCCCAGCCUAAGGUCCCUGCCUUGCAACUGGAUGGUGGCAACUACCUCUUCUCCACUAGUGCAAUCUGCCGAUACUUCUUUCUGUUGUCUGGCUGGGAGCAAGAUGACCUCACCAACCAGUGGCUGGAAUGGGAAGCCACAGAGCUGCAGCCAGUUUUGUCUGCUGCCCUGUACUAUUUAGUGGUCCAAGGCAAGAAGGGGGAAGAUGUUCUUGGCCCAGUCCGGAGAGCCCUGACUCAUAUUGACCAGAGCUUAAGUCGGCAGAACAGUCCUUUCCUGGCUGGGGAGACAGAAUCUCUAGCUGACAUUGUUUUGUGGGGAGCACUGUACCCCUUGCUCCAAGACCCAGCCUACCUCCCAGAUGAGCUGGGAGCCUUGCGCAGCUGGUUCCAGACACUGAGCACCCAGGAGCCUUGUCAGCAAGCUGCAGAAACUGUGCUGAAACAGCAGGGGAUCUUGGCUCUUCGGCCCUACCUCCAAAAGCAGCCUCAGCCCAGCCCACCUGAGGACAGGGCUGUCAGCAAUGAGCCUGAGGAGGAGGAGCUGGCUACCCUGUCUGAGGAAGAGAUUGCUGUGGCUGUCACUGCCUGGGAGAAGGGCCUGGAGAGCUUGCCCCCGCGUCGGCCCCAGCAGAAUCCAGUGCUGCCUGUGGCUGGGGAAAGGAACGUGCUCAUCACCAGUGCCCUCCCUUACGUCAACAAUGUCCCCCACCUUGGAAACAUCAUCGGUUGCGUCCUCAGUGCGGAUGUCUUUGCCAGGUACUCUCGCCUACGCCAGUGGAACACCCUCUAUCUGUGUGGGACAGAUGAGUAUGGUACAGCCACAGAGACCAAGGCUAUGGAGGAGGGCCUGACCCCCCAGGAGAUCUGUGACAAGUACCACAUCAUCCAUGCUGACAUCUACCGAUGGUUUAAUAUCUCAUUUGAUAUUUUUGGUCGCACCACCACUCCACAACAGACCAAGAUCACCCAGGACAUCUUCCAGCGGUUGCUGUCUCGAGGUUUUGUGCUGCAAGAUACUGUGGAGCAACUGCGGUGUGAGCACUGUGCCCGCUUCCUGGCUGACCGCUUUGUGGAGGGGGUGUGUCCCUUCUGUGGUUAUGAGGAGGCCCGCGGGGACCAGUGUGACAAGUGUGGCAAGCUCAUCAAUGCCAUCGAGCUCAAGAAGCCGCAGUGUAAAGUGUGCCGGUCGAGCCCUGUGGUGAAGUCCUCCCAGCACCUGUUCCUGGACCUCCCUAAGCUGGAAGAGCGACUGGAGGAGUGGCUGGGGAAGACGUUGCCUGGUAGUGACUGGACACCCAAUGCCCGGUUUAUCAUUCGCUCUUGGCUUCGGGAUGGCCUAAAGCCACGCUGCAUAACCCGAGACCUCAAAUGGGGCACCCCUGUUCCCUUAGAAGGUUUUGAGGACAAGGUAUUCUAUGUCUGGUUUGAUGCCACUAUUGGCUACCUGUCCAUCACAGCCAACUACACAGAUCAGUGGGAGAGAUGGUGGAAGAACCCAGAGCAAGUGGACCUGUAUCAGUUCAUGGCCAAAGACAACGUUCCCUUCCAUGGCUUAGUCUUUCCUUGUUCAGCUCUAGGAGCUGAGGACAACUACACCUUGGUCAAACACCUCAUCGCUACAGAGUACCUGAACUACGAGGAUGGGAAAUUCUCUAAGAGCCGGGGUGUGGGAGUGUUUGGGGACAUGGCCCAGGACACAGGGAUCCCCGCUGACAUCUGGCGCUUCUAUCUGCUGUACAUUCGACCUGAGGGCCAGGACAGUGCUUUCUCCUGGACAGACAUGCUGCUCAAGAAUAACUCUGAGCUGCUUAACAACCUGGGCAACUUCAUCAACAGAGCUGGAAUGUUUGUGUCUAAGUUCUUUGGGGGCUGUGUGCCCGAGAUGGUGCUUACGUCAGAUGACCGCCGCUUGUUGGCUCACGUUACCCUGGAGCUCCAGCACUAUCAUCAGUUGCUGGAGAAGGCACGGAUCCGUGACGCCUUACGCAGCAUCCUCACCAUUUCUCGACAUGGCAACCAAUACAUUCAGGUCAACGAGCCCUGGAAGCGGAUAAAAGGCGAUGAGGCUGACAGGCAGCGGGCAGGCACAGUGACAGGCAUGGCAGUGAAUGUAGCUGCCCUGUUGUCUGUCAUGAUCCAGCCUUACAUGCCGACGGUCAGUGCCAGCAUCCAGGCCCAGCUGCAGCUCCCACCUCCAGCCUGCAGUGUCCUGCCAACAAACUUCCUGUGUACGUUACCAGCAGGACACCAGAUUGGCACAGUCAGUCCCCUGUUUCAAAAAUUGGAAAAUGACCAGAUUGAAAGUUUGAGGCAGCGCUUUGGAGGGGGCCAGCUAGAAGAGUCCCUGGAGUUAAAGGCAAAAGCAUCCCCCAAGCCAGCAGCCGGGGAGACAGCUGGGCCGCAGGAGAUACAGACGCUGCUGGAUGAAGUGACAAAACAGGGCAACCUUGUCCGAGAACUGAAAGCGCAGAAGGCAGACAAGAACCAGGUUGCUGCCGAGGUGACUAAGCUCUUGGAUCUGAAGAAACAGCUGGCUCUGGCGGAAGGGAAACCCCUGGAAACACCCAAAGGCAAGAAGAAAAAGUGAAAAGCUUGGCUCACACACAGUCACUUUUAAUGAUAACGGGCAGUAAUAAAUAAAUGUACAAUCCCUAU